AAUUUGACAUAACAAUUGAAUCAAGAUUUAAAUAUCUUGUAUCAUAGAUGACUGAUACAUGUUUUGAAGUGAAAUAUUGUUUUUCGAACAUUAUAUUUGUAAUAAUUUUAACUUUGUUGUGUUUUCUACGGUUAUUUUAUUAGCUUCAUGUCUUUUCUCGCAAGGAAACUCGGCUUGAUUGCGAAAGCUGUACAGCGGUAUAGACCAACGAAAAGUUUUUAUCGUUCGGCUUCGUUCACAAUCUACCAUCACAAACAUGAUUGUGUAAUAAUUGGAGCUGGGGGAGCGGGCCUCAGAGCCGCCGUUGGCCUUGCUGAAGCCAAAUUCAGUGUGGCUUUAGUGUCCAAGCUGUUUCCGACUCGAUCCCAUACCAUCGCUGCACAGGGAGGCAUGAACGCCUCUCUUGGGAGCAUGCACGCAGACGAUUGGAAAUAUCAUUUUUAUGAUACCGUCAAAGGAUCAGAUUGGCUUGGUGAUCAGGAUUCAAUACAUUAUCUGACGUCCAAUGCUUCAGCAUGCGUUAUAGAGCUGGAAAACAUGGGCAUGCCAUUCUCAAGAACGCCGGAAGGAAAGAUAUACCAAAGAUCUUUUGGAGGUGGCACUGUGAAAUUUGGGAAAAGUAUAGCCAAAAGAACGUGUGCCUGUGCCGACCGUACUGGCCACGCUUUGCUUCACACCCUGUACGGAUACUGCACACAGUUCCCACAUAUCGACCCAUUUUACGAAUUUUUUGUGAUGGAUCUCCUUUUGCAAGAUGGGGAAGUGGUGGGAUGUCUCGCCAUGGACAUGAAUGAUUCCAGUCUUCACAGAUUCCAAGCGAAGAACACCAUAAUAGCGACUGGUGGCUACCCGAGGAUGUACUUCUCAUGUACUGCUGCCCACACUUGUACUGGUGACGGUACGGCAAUGGCCGCCAGAGCUGGUAUCCCACUUCAGGAUAUGGAGUUCAUCCAGUUUCACCCAACUGGUAUGUACGGAUCGGGAUGCUUAAUGACUGAAGGAUCUCGAGGAGAAGGAGGAUAUCUAGUGAACAGUGAAGGCAAACGGUUCAUGGAAAAAUAUGCCCCGAAAGCUAAAGAUUUAGCUAGCCGUGACGUGGUGUCGAGAUCAAUAGCCACGGAGGUUCGAGAAGGUCGUGGAGUAGGACCUAAGAAAGAUCACGUUUACCUCCAGCUCCACCAUUUACCUGCGGAGGUCAUAAAGGAAAAGUUACCAGGAAUAUCCGAGACUGCAAUGACGUUCACAGGAGCUGAUGUGUAUACCCAGCCUGUGCCUGUUCUACCCACUGUCCAUUACACUAUGGGGGGAAUUCCUAUAAACUACAAGGGACAGUGUUUAGUAUACCAAAAUGGCACUGAUUGUCCAAUUCCGGGGCUGUAUGCUGCCGGUGAAGUGGUGAGCAACGCUCACGGAGCCAACAGGCUGGGCGCUAAUUCCAUUCUUGACGUCGUAGUAUUCGGGAAAUCAAUCUGUGACACUAUAAUAAAGUUACAUUCGCCAUGUGAAAAACAAGUGACCUUGAGAGAUAAUUUGUGUGAUUGUUCUAUCGAUAACUAUGAGAGAGUGAGAACCUCGAAGGGCUGCGUUCAUCCUCACGAACUGAGGGAAGCCAUGAGACAAACCAUGCAACACAAAUGUGGAGUAUUCAGAAACGCCAAAUUGUUGGCUGGAGCUGAUACUGAAAUUCAGAAAUGGUAUAAGGCUUUCGAAGAUAUCGUGGUGGUGGACACGCGUCCGAACUGGAACACAGACCUGAUUGAAACUCUCGAGUUACAAAACAUGCUGCAGUGUGCUGUGCAGGUGGUGGCUUGUGCUAAAAAUAGGACGGAGAGCAGAGGCGCGCACUUUAGAGACGAUUUUCCUAAACGAGAAGAUGAAUUUGACUACAGUAAACCAACGGAAGGCCAGAAACGGAAGCCAUUCGAGCAGCAUUGGAGGAAGCAUUCGCUGUCUACGGUAGAUCUGUGCACAGGCAAAGUAACUAUCACGUUUAGACCAGUCAUCGACAAGACUUUGAGCGAGGACGUCAAGUGGAUCCCUCCUGUGCCUAGAGUUUACUAAUUUAUUGCGAGGACGUCAAGUGGAUCCUUCCUGUGCCUAGAGUCUACUGAUUUAUUGCGAGGACGUCAAGUGGAUCCUUCCUGUGCCUAAAGUCUACUGAUUUAUUGCGAGGACGUCAAGUGGAUCCCUCCUGUGCCUAAAGUCUACUGAUUUAUUGCGAGGACGUCAAGUGGAUCCCUCCUGUGCCUAGAGUCUACUGAUUUAUUUGUCGUUGUACAUGAACACCAUUAUCGCCCGAAUACUGAAAUGUUACUCAAUUUUAAGUCGAACUUAAAUAUCGUGCUAUCUCUUUCAUUUUAUAAACUAUUAAAUUAAUAUUGAUAGGGAUAGAUAACUAGUUUUGAAAGCGAAUUAAAAUUGAGUAGCGUUUGAGUAUUCGGAUAUAUGUACUACAAUAUGUUUGGUGGUGUAACAACUUUACCUUUUUGGGUGAAUAAACCAGCUGCUAUAGUGAUAAGAAGGUAUAAUAAAAAUAUAAGAUCAAGCGAGA